AUGGGUCCUCAAGUUAAGUGGCCUCCUAAGGUGAAGGUCGCGGAGGCUAAUCGAAAUCCCAAGCGAUGGUGCGAGUUCCAUAGUGAUCAUGGCCAUACUACGGAGGAUUGCAUAGCCCUAAAGAUGGAAGUCGCCGAGCUCCUCAAGAAAGGUCCCAGCCUCCCUAUCGAGGCAGCUCCUGCAUUGCCACCACAGCAAGACCGGGUGAUCCACGUCAUCACAAGUGGAUCAGAGGUGAGCGGAAUUAACUGUGCCGCAGCAAAGAAAAGUACUCGCAAUGCCAGGAACGGCCGGGAGGCCGAGGGUCCCAGGCGCCUGCUCCUUGGAAUAGAUGAGAUCAGUAUCACUGCAAGGGAGCAGGAGAAGGUCCUCGUCCCUCAUCAUGACGCUCUCGUCAUUUCACUUACCAUAGCAAACUGCUUGGUCAAGCAGAUACUAGUAGAUAAUGGGAGCUCCAGCAACAUAAUCUUCUAUUCGGCCUUCGCCGACCUAGGUUUGGAACCUGCAGCUCUAACCAAAAAGGCAACUCCCCUCGUAGGCUUCAGUGGAGAAGUCAAACAAACCUUGGGAGAGGUCCUUCUUCCUGUGUAUGCCGAAGGGGUAAACCAAGCCACGAAGUUCCUGGUCGUCGACUGCCCCUCAUCAUACAACGUGAUAUUGGGAAGGCCUUGGAUCCAUGACAUGGGAGCCGUACCUUCGACUUUUCAUCAGCUGGUCAAGUUCCCAACCCCUUGGAGCAUCAGAGCGGUCAAGGGGGAUCAAGAGAAUGCCAGGUCUUGCUAUCAAACUACCCUUAGGGGAAAGACUCAGAUUUUAUAG